AUGUUCAAAUCAGCUUGCAGAACGCACCUACAUUCGCACGUGCGCACGACCAUAAAAAGACGCUGCUUCCACGCAUCGCUCCCCAGAGCCAUCGAUUUCGAUCCCUACAAAACCUUAGGAGUAGAUAAGAACUCAAGCUCAUCUGACAUCAAGAAGGCCUACCACCAACUCGUGAAGAAGUACCAUCCCGACGUCAACAAGGAAAAAGACUCGGAGAAGAAGUUCCACAAGAUCCAGGAGUCGUAUGAGCUUUUGAACGAUAAGACCAAAAGAGCACAGUAUGACCAAUUCGGCGCAUCUGCCUUCGAUUCAAGCGGUAAUGCCAACCCUUACGGAGGUGGUAAUCCGUUUGGCGGACACUCGGGCAAUCCGUUCGGCGGAGCACAGGGAAAUCCGUUUUCGGGAAUGGGAUUUAACUUUGAAGAUUUAUUUAAGCAGGCAUUUAAUGGUGCCAAUGGGGGCGGCGGAGCACGCGAGGGCAGAAGUGGGUUUGUAACGGAACACGUAGGAGACAACAUAGAGGUGCUCAAGUCUGUAUCGUUCCGUGAUGCUGUGUUCGGUACUAAAGUCAGUGUAAACUAUAAAGCCAUCGAUACUUGUGGAACAUGUUCGGGAACAGGUCUCAAGGAGGGCAAGAAGAAGAAUACUUGUAGCACAUGCCAUGGUACGGGCCAGAGCAUGCAUAUCAUUGGAGGUUUCCAGAUGGCUUCCACCUGUGGAACCUGUCAUGGUUCCGGUGUGACCAUCCACAAGAACGAUGAGUGUAAGACCUGUCACGGAAACGGUGUCACUGAGGUUCCCAAAUCGACAGAGGUGGACUUGCCAUGUGGUAUUGCUGAUGGCUCCCGUCUCCGAGUACCUGGCGGUGGAGAUGCUCCAUAUGUGACCAAAGAUCCCUACAACCAGACCAGAAAUGGUGAUUUGAUCAUAAGAGUGCAUGUUCAGAAGGAUAAGCAGUUCGAGAGAGUCAACAAUAACUUGGUGUUGAAGCAUGAAAUCCCAAUGACCACUGCCUCUUUGGGUGGUGAGAUCAUUGUGCCUACCAUCGAUGGCGAGAACAUCAAGUUAAAGAUCCGCGCCGGCGUUCAGAGCGGAAGAAAGAUCUCAAUCCCUGAGAAGGGUGUGCCAAUCAACCGUAACAUCAAGAACAGAGGUGACUUGGAUGUCUUCUUGAAUGUGAAGACACUUAUACCCGAAACACCUCUUCAAACCGCGUUGUUAGAAGCUCUUGCUGAUGCUUUCAAUGAUAAGACUGCAACACGUACUCAUAAUGACUUGAAGUUGGACGAGACCGAGCAGGAUAAUGACAAGCCCGCAGAGCUGUACGACGAAAACAGUCUCCAUCCAUCUAGCAUGCAAAGAAUUGGCAAGGUUCUUGGCAAAUUCUUUAAUUUCAAAGAUCACAAUCAGAAGUGA